UCGUUGCAGCUGGCGUGGAAAUCGGGGGCCUGUACGCGAUCGAAGUCUCCUUAGCGCACGAGCUGCGUGAUCUCACACGACCGAACGCUAGUGGCAGUGUCAGUGGACGAGCUAAUCAGUAGACUCUGUCAGCUGGAUCACUGUGGCUUGCUCGAUUUCGAUUGCUGCUUGCGAGCGGAGCUACGGUGGUCGAAUUCCCCUCGAGCUCCUGCCGAGUGGUAUAAAAGCUCUGGAGCUGCAUGCUGGAAUCCAGAAGCCGCGAGCCUUUUACAUCAGAUAGCUAUCGAUUGCUCCAUCCACCGGACGAACUAUCAAGAGGAACAUCAAGAGGAACGAUCGAUCGCUCCUUCAAACCGGUUCUAGCUCGCGACUUUUAGCUCUAGAAAAUCUUCUCUGUCCAAGAUGACGAAGAGGGCUUUGUUGGUUGGGUGCAAUUAUCCAGGAACCACCGCUGCUCUCAGCGGCUGUGUGAACGAUGUCACCAGGAUGUACAACCUUCUGCUGGAGAAGUACGGGUUCGAAGAGGAGAACAUCAAAUUGAUGACUGACACUGAAGACGACAACGACAUGCCCACCGGUGCUAACAUCAAGACCUGGUUGAAAAAAUUCAUCGCUGAAUCUGAGGAAGGUGAUGUCUUGUACUUGCAUUUCAGUGGCCAUGGUACCCAGGUGCCCGCAGAGAGCGGUGACCACGAAGAUGAUGGCUUGGACGAGGCCAUCUGCCCCACCGAUUUGAACAUUCUUACUGAUGACGAUUUCAGAGUCUUGUUCAAGCCUCUGGCACCCGGCGUGGCCUUCACCUUCGUCUCCGACUCUUGCCACAGCGGUGGUCUGCUAGAUAGCGAGGAGGUGCAGAUCGGAGUUGCCGACGAUGGAGAAGUGGGAGAUGAGACGGAGCACCACGAAGAAGAGGGAGAGUCGACAGGCAGGGAGCUGCCCGAGAGCGCCAGCAAGAACAUGUCAGUGGAAAUGCUGCAGGAGCUUUUGGCCGAGAGGACGGGUCACGAGGUCAGCGCAGGAACCAUCAGAACGACCCUCUACGACAUGUUCGGCGACGACUGCAGUCCCACCGUCAAGGUCUUCGUGAACCACAUCGCCCAGCGUUUGGAGGAUGGAGUCUCGGAGGAAGAAAUCAUCGAGCUUUACGGAGAAACAGGACAUUUGGCCGUGGCAUUCCUCAAGCACAAGAUGGAAGACGAGGAGGUCGACAACGAGGAGUACUUCCGCAGCUCGCACGAGCUCGAGGGCCCCGUGAACAGAUCCGGCCAUGCCAAUGCCAAGCCUGACCCGGAGGAUCGCCUCGCCCCCAGCACUGGAGUCCUGAUCAGCGGAUGCCAAUCCAACCAAACCUCGGCCGAUGCCAAUCCCACCGGCGAUCCCGCUGAUGCUUAUGGAGCACUGACGCACGCCAUCCAGACAGUGGUGGAAGAGUAUGGGGGCAACAUCACCAACGGCGAGCUCGUCAACAAUGUGCGCAAGCUGCUCGUCAAAACCGGCUACACUCAGAGACCGUGCCUGUACUGCAGUGAGGAAGCUGUGGAGAUGCCCUUCAUCUGCGAGCCAGUGUGCUGAGCCAUGCUCUCUCACCAGUGGGAAACCUUAGCAUCUCCCAAUUGCACUUUGUGCACCAGCAGCACUCUUCCUCCUCUGGGAAUAGCUCGUGUACUGACUAACAGAGAGGGAGAAAGCAGAAGGUGGUCUACAAUCAAUGUCUCGUCCCAUCGUUUCGUUGUUGUUGUGGUUGUUGUGGUUUGUGUGCGACCCAUCCAUCGAGAGUUUCGUCCGAGUCUUCUGUCCGAUGUUUGGCUUACAAAGACGGAAAAGUGAAAAACAAUGGCAUCAGCCCCUUGAAGGUCCAGAGCAUGGAAAAGUAGGAGGAAACAGUCGCAGAGAGAAAGAGCCGGAGAUUUCAGGCCCGGUCGAAGCAGAUCGGAGAGGGUGAGAAGGCAUUCUUUGCAAGGGCGUCUCCCUUGAAGCUAGAGAGAGUGCUGACAGUACAAGUCUGUGCCGCCAACGGAUCAUUCCAUUGCAGGGAAGCGGAGGAGCUAGGAACGAAAGUACUGCUCUCUCUUGGUGAAUUCGCAAGCUAGCUGAAUUUUUCUCAUCGGGAUUCUGAGCAGUUACAGCACGUAGUUCGUCAAAGAGCGGUCGAUAGGCAAGAUUAUUCUCUAUUUCUGUGUAUAUCCAAAUUUUGAAGCUUUCACUUCACAUGCAAUAAAGCUCAUAUUUCUAUC